GGGGUUUCACCAUGUUGGCCAGGCUCUUGAACUCCAGACCUCAGGUGAUCCGCCCGCCUCGGCCUCCCAAAGUGCUAGGAUUACAGGCAUAAUCCACUAUGCCCGGCCUGAAUUUCUAAAUCUUAAUGUGUUUAUUUCAUUGGCAUUAAGUCAGAUUUUUCCUUGAUCUUUACUUGAAUAAGCCUUUUAAGGUAAAAUGCUUGCUCGAUUACACACACAUACGCAACCUCUUAAUUGUCUGAAGGUAAACAAGUUAAUGACUUGUGAAUAUUUUUAACUUAUAAGCAAUGAAUCCUCAAAGCUUAUAAGCCAGUAUUGAAACAUGUGAUAUGGUUUUAAAAUAGCUGAUGAUAAAGUAUUUACAUCAUCCCAUUUUCUCCUCAUAGUCUUGUAAUAGGAAGGACAGAUAUUCAAACACUUAUUUAUUUAUUUAUUUUUUAACAGAGAUCCAGAAAAUGAGGCCCAUAGGAAACAAGUGACUUCUGAGUCCAGAUAACACUUACUAUCAGAGUGAGUGUCCAGGAGAAACAUGAACCAGAAGCUACUGAAAUUGAAGAACUUGCUACGAUUUCACACUAUUUAUAGGCAACUGCACAGUCUGUGUCAAAGAAGAGCAUUAAGACAGUGGAGGCAUGGGUUUUCAUCUGCUUACCCUGUGUGGACAGCUCAGCUGUAUGUGCCCUGGCCAACAGAAAUGCUCAUUGGGGCUGCUUUAUCUCAGUAUAGGUUUCUAGUAACAAAAAAGGAAGAAAGACCAUGGAAAUCUCAGUUAUCUUCAACAAAAUCUAAAAAGGUGGUAGAAGUAUGGAUUGGAAUGACUGUUGAGGAACUGGCCAGGGCAAUGGAAAAAAACACAGAUUAUAUAUAUGAAGCUUUAUUGAACACUGCUAUUGACAUAGAUUCACUGGAAGCAGACUGACAUUUAGAUGAAGUCUGGAUCAAGGAAGUGAUAAUGAAGGCAGGGAUGAAGUUAAAGUGGAGUAAAUUGAAACAGGACAAAGUCAAAAAAAAUAAAGAUGCUGUAAGAAGGCCCCAGGCAGAUCCAGCUUUAUUAACCCCAAGGUCCCCAGUUGUUACUAUAAUGGGCCAUGUUGAUCACAGGGAAACGACAUUACUUGACAAACUUCGAAAAACUCAAGUGGCAGCAAUGGAAGUUGGAGGCAUCACUCAGCACAUUGGUGCCUUUCUUGUCUCUCUGCCUUCUGGGGAAAAGAUAACUUUUCUUGAUACUCCAGGACAUGCUGCUUUCUCAGCAAUGAGAGCCAGAGGGGCUCAGGUCACUGACAUUGUCAUAUUGGUUGUAGCUGCAGAUGAUGGGGUGAUGAAACAAACUGUAGAAUCUAUUCAGCAUGCCAAAGAUGCACAAGUUCCUAUUGUCCUUGCCAUAAAUAAAUGUGACAAAACUGAGGCUGAUCCUGAAAGAGUGAAAAAAGAGCUGCUGGCUUAUGAUGUGGUAUGUGAAGAUUAUGGAGGUGAUGUUCAAGCAGUGCCUGUCUCUGCACUUACGGGCAAUAAUCUGAUGGCUUUGGCAGAAGCAACAAUUGCUCUUGCAGAAAUGUUAGAAUUAAAAGCAGAUCCCAAUGGUCCAGUGGAAGGAACAGUAAUAGAGUCUUUCACAGACAAAGGAAGAGGUCCUGUUACUACAGCUAUAAUUCAAAGAGGAACUUUAAGAAAAGGCUGUGUUCUGGUUGCUGGAAAUUGUUGGGCAAAAGUACGCUUAAUGUUUGAUGAAAAUGGAAAAACAAUCCAUGAGGCCCAUCCCAGCAUGCCAGUGGGAAUUACAGGCUGGAGAGACCUUCCUUCUGCAGGAGAAGAAAUUCUUGAAGUAGAAUCUGAGCCAAGGGCACGUGAAGUUGUUGACUGGAGGAAGUAUGAACAAGAACAGGAGAAAGGUAAAGAGGAUCUGAAAAUAAUAGAAGAAAAGCGAAAGGAACACCAGGAAGCAUAUCAGAAAGCCCGUGAGAAGUAUAGCAAUGUGCAGUGGAAGAAGAGGUCAUAUCUACAGUAUUUAGAAAGAAAAGAACAAACAUCCUUAAAGCCAAAAGAGAAAAUGGAAAGAGAUUCAAAUGUACUUCCUGUGAUUAUUAAAGGUGAUGUUGAUGGUUCUGUUGAGGCCAUUUUGAACAUUAUAGAUACCUACGAUGCUUCACACGAGUGUGAACUAGAAUUAGUACAUUCUGGAGUGGGUGAUAUAAGUGCAAAUGAUGUUAACCUUGCUGAAACAUUUAAUGGUGUUAUAUAUGGGUUUAAUGUGAAUGUAGGCAAAGUUAUCCAACAGUCAGCUGCAAAAAAAGGUGUAAAAAUUAAACUUCACAAAAUAAUUUACCGUCUUGUUGAAGAUUUGCAAGAGGAACUGAGCAGCAGAUUACCCUGUACUGUGGAAGAGCACCCGGUAGGUGAGGCAGCUAUACUAGCUACCUUCUGUGUAACAGAAGGGAAGAAAAAAGUUCCUGUGGCUGGCUGCAGAGUCCAAAAGGGACAGUUAGAAAAACAAAAAAAAUUUAAAUUAACCCGUAAUGGACAUGUAAUUUGGAAGGGUUCAUUAACCUCACUGAAACACCAAAAAGAUGACAUUUCAAUUGUCAAAACGGGAAUGGAUUGUGGUCUCAGUUUAGAUGAAGAAAAUAUGGAAUUUAAAGUGGGAGACAGAAUUGUUUGUUACGAAGAAAAACAAAUUCAAGCCACGACUUCUUGGGAUCCAGGAUUUUAAAAUUACAUUAAAGAUGUAAACAACUCAA